AUGCUGUGGUUUCGCGCGAUCCUUGGUGGAGCCCUCGCCGUGAGCGGCGUGUCUGCCUUCACCGGCAACACGACGGCUUACAUCGACGACCUGUUCGACCAGUCCAUGAGCUUCCUGGACCAGAUCUAUGAUCCCAACGCCGGCUACCUGUGGUACUUCUACUACCCUCUCGCUGCGGGAAAGCACGAGACUCGGUCGACGGUGUGGUAUGCCGCGGGGUUGUUGCGCCGGAACGAGGGAGAUGAUGUGGACAAUGCCGUGAAGAUCAUCACCAAUGUCAUUGGUGACCAGCAGAAGAACGUCAGCGCUCAAUGGUUCGGUGACUACACCAAAUAUCCCGAGGAACCGACUGUCGGCUCGGCAUGGUAUCCGAAGAACAUCUACAACUCCUGGGACCCCAACUGGCGAGGCUUCAUCGGCACCACACUGAUCGUGAUCUACGAGGAGUACGGGGACCUGCUCCCGCAGCCAGUCAAGACGCUCAUCCUCGAGAGCAUGCGCAACAACACCAUCGGCGACAGCUACCGCGUCGGCGGCGUGGACGGCGACAACCUGUACCCGGCGUACUCGAACCCGGCCCUGAUGCGCGUGGCCUCGGGCUGGACGGGCCGCAAGCUCAACGACAGCAACAUGACGGCCGCCGGCGAGGCCUACGCGCAGGAGGUGCUGGACCUGUUCGACCGCAGCGGCACGCUGUCCGAGUUCAACUCGGCCACGUACGCGGGCAUCAGCCUCUUCGCCCUGACGCUGUGGGCAAAGUACAUCCCCGACGAUGGCUCGUCCGUCAUGGGCUCCAACGGCGCCCGCGUGGUCGCCGACGUCUGGACCAGCAUUGGCGAGCUGUACAACGCCAACCUGCGCAACGUGGCCGGGCCGUGGGACCGCACGUACGGCUGGGACAUGAACCUGUAUAUCGGCAUUUUGAAUGCGUACAUCUGGUCCCUCGUCGGCGCGGACCGCGCCCCGGGCAUCAACACCGUCAGCAAGGGCGGGCGCACCCCGGCGUGGGCGACCACGCACGCCGACGACUUCGAGAUCGCGCCGCUGCUCGCGGCGAUCCUGCCCUACCACCACACCCUGAUCCCGGACGCCGUCGUCGAGAAGCUGGCCGCCUUCCCGGGGGAGCACACGUACGCGGCGCAGGCGCUCUCGCCGCCGUGGGACCUGGCCCCGCGCAACAUCAGCAGCUGGCUCGCGGAGAGCCUGACGAUCGGCGCCGAGAGCUUCGACCAGACCGUCGUGGGCGGCGCGUCCGUCAACCAGGAGCAGUGGGCGCCCGCGGUCGCGCAGUGGCUGCGGGCCGACGGGAGCGUCGGGUGGCUCUCGUACUGGGCCACCGAGCCCGCGAUGCAGGCCGACGUGCGGCCGUACCGCCUCGAGCUGACGUACCCCAGGGGCAACGAGAGCAGCGUCUUCACGUUCAUCGUUGGCGCGAACCCGCUGGGCCAGAAGAGGGAUGUGUUGGGUUGGGGUGAUGUGAUGGGGCUGAACGUCAAUGUCAGCGGGACGGUGGACCUGAGCCACGAGGUUGCGUUCUGCGGUCUUAACGGCGGCUCGUGCGAUCCUUCCCACGGUUUCGAGUUCUGGAAUUUUACCUACGUGAUGCCGGCUGGGAGCACGGAGACGCCAAACAUCGUGUUGGAGCUCGAGCUUGCAUAA